ACAGUCUCUCUCACUGUCCACUUUCUCUCUCUUUCUACUUUGAGGGAUAAAGAGUACUGAGUUUCCCAAAAGAGGGAAAAAUAAAACUAUCAUUUCCAUCCCCAGAAGGUGAAGGCAUCCCAUCACUCCCGAGAAGGCCACGCCCCCAGGCCAGUUAUCCAAACACAAGAAAACAGCGAACUAUUCACUCCCAGGUUCGCACAUGGCGAGGGAGAAGAUAAAGAUAAAGAAGAUCGAUAACAUAACGGCGCGGCAAGUGACUUUCUCGAAGAGGAGAAGAGGGCUUUUCAAGAAGGCGGAGGAGCUGGCGGUGCUGUGCGACGCCGACGUCGCUCUCAUCAUCUUCUCCGCCACCGGCAAGCUUUUCGAGUUCGCCAGCUCUAACAUGAAAGAUAUUCUUGGAAAGUAUAAACUGCAUUCGAGUAAUCUCGACCAAGUAAAUCAACCUUCUCUUGAACUUCAGCUAGAGAAUAGCCUUCAUAUGAGAUUAAGCAAGGAGGUUGCUGACAAGACUCAUGAGCUUAGACAGAUGAAGGGUGAGGAGCUUCAAGGAUUAAGCUUAGAGGAACUACAAAAGUUGGAAAAAAAGCUUGAAAAUGGACUAACACGUGUGCUGGAGACUAAGGGUGAACGAGUUGUGACCGAGAUUGCUACUCUUCAAAGGAAGGGUGCAGAGCUGAUGAACGAGAAUAAACAACUGAAACAGAAAAUGGCCAGGAUUAACGGUGAAAAAUUCCCGGUUAUUGCUGACGUGGAGGCAGGCUUGAUACCAGAAGAAGGGCACUCGUCGGAGUCCAUAACCACUAAUGUCUGUAGUUGCAAUAGCGGUCCGCUUCCCGAAGACGAUUGCUCGGACACAUCGCUGAAACUAGGGCUACCCAUUAACUAGCUGAUGAAUAUACAUAUGCGGGCAUAACAUGGAUGGCCUUGUGCUACGUACGUAAGCGUUGUUUUUAUGUUUGGUUUCUUGUCGUUUUGAUCUUAAAUCGAAUGUAUGUUCAUCGUAUUCCAUGUGUUGUGGAAGGCUUGUCGUUUGCUAACUGCUCGGACUUGUAAUAUAAUGAGAAACUAUGUUUCACUCUC